CAGUAGUAAGUGUGACGCCUACCGUUCACUGCGCGCACUCAUUUCAACCCAACAUAAAGCUGACGCUCGCCCUGGAGCUGUGCCUGAUAGUGUCCAGUACAAACCAAAACAAGGAUUUCUAGCUUUGCAAGUAGUUUAAACAAUCGGGAAAUGGACCAGAAAGACACAGAAAUGAACGAAAAAGGAGUUUCUUCUUCUACCAGCGGAGUUGUUGUUCAAGUCAGGGAGAAGAAAGGAGCUUUACGCGCUGCCAUCCCCUAUAUGCCUUUCCCAGUAGCUGUCAUCUGCCUGUUUCUCAACACAUUUGUUCCCGGACUGGGUACAUUCAUCUCAGCCUUCACAGUUCUGUGCGGAGCGAGGACAGACCUUCCCGACAGGCACAUGUGUUGCGUUUUCUGGCUGAACAUUGCAGCCGCCUUCAUCCAGAUUGUCACCGCCAUUGUCAUGGUGGGCUGGAUCAUGAGCAUAUUUUGGGGAAUGGACAUGGUCAUUCUUGCAAGCUACAGGGAGCAGGCCACCCCUCAACAGCUCUGAUUGCAGUCCUCCAAACCUAGUCUUGAAUGUGCACCUUUCUCCUGUGCUGUCUGGCCAACACGUAUGGGAGCUUUGAGACGGCCCCCACGUAGCCUGGGAGGUCCAGGGGUUGAUCACAUGCAGAUUCUCAGCCCAACUCCUGCUACUUCCUGUCAGGUACUGCAUUAAGGGCACCUGACUGUUGAGGGACAGCAGAAGAGCAUGAACAUUCUGUGAAUAUCUCUAAAAAUUGUGCAAACAUGCGAACCGUCUAUGUGCCGAACGCAUCCUAUACCUGUCAGGGAAAACCGAUCUUAAUCGUACUCUACUCUGUAGUCUUAAUGUAUUAAGCUGACCAAUAUACACUAUGAACAUCUGCAGUUUGUAAAAUAAAUAUAUUUGUUAAAAAGCUUUGAAGUAUCUAAUGAAGUAGCUGAAAGAAUCUUAAAGGAACAGUUCACCCAAAAAUGAAAAUCUCUUUUCAUUAUUUACUCACCCUCAUGUCUGUUCAUAGAAAACAAAAAUAAAAUCAUUUUUGGGUGAACUACUCCUAUUUUGCUUCCCACAGAGCACUAUGAAUACAUAUUACACUGAAUAUUUAUAUGUCAUGUGCAUUACAGUGUCUCCAGUAUUUCUUUAUAGUGUGCUGUGUUUUUAUUACUCAGAUUAAGCCUUAUAAAGCAGAAAGUGUGUAUUUAUGUGGUUUUAUAAAACAUACAUUGUAUUCUGCACGAAUACAUCACCUGUUUUUGUUAUCUCUAUUAGUCUUAAAUACCCGGAGACCAUCAGCCAAAAACAUAACCUUUUUGCCCAGUAAUUAUCUAUUGUUGAGUAAAACAGCCAAGUAUUGGUGAAUCAUGGUAGGCCAGUUGCCAUAGUGACUGGCCACUUUAAUCAACCCAUGCCUAGGGUAUGAAAUAACGUAAUUAAGUGUGAGUUAUUUUUAUGUGACCAAUAUAAGAGAAAGGCACGGCGCAAAUUGAAAUAGUCAAAACCCUAUGAUUUAAGACUGACAUUGAAAAAUUAACCACCAAUUGCAAAUGACUGCAGCACCCGAGCAAGCAGAAUUUGAGCUUUUGCUGAGUGUGCGAUAUAUUCUGAAAAAUUCAAGCCCCAAAUAUGAGGUACUCUGAACUGGUUUCUAAUAUUUUACUCACACUGAAGAGUCUCUAAUUUGGUUGAGUCUCUUUUUUGGAUGUUAUUAAUGGAUAUUAGCUGGUCUCUGGUGUGAAUGUGUUUGAGGAUUUGUUGUAAAUAUGGACAGAAAGUGAAUUAGUCCUGUAAAUUUGUGCUGUUGUGUUUAGUGCUGCCUUUUAAAUACAAACAACAUAAUCCAGUGCUAAGUCCAAAGGCAUAAAUAUAGUACAGCCAAACAUAUGUUACUAAGCAGACUUACACAAUGAUGCUGUCACAUCUCCAGAAAUGUCAGAGGUACUAUAUCGAAUAAAUUCUGCUUUCAAAAAGUGA